AUGCCGAGGUACAUCGAAGUUCAGGCGCCUCCCGGGGAGACGAUAGCCUACAUCUACCAGGACUGGUCCGUCUUUCUCCCGUCGUACACCAUCUACGACCGACGCUGCAACCCGAUCCUCGCCGUUCAGGGGCCGUUCUGCACCCAGAGCUGCAUCUACUGCUGGGACGUGCAGUUUGAGGUGACCGCUCACAGAUUUCUCAAAGUGCGGACGCUGGCUGGCGUAAUCAUCGGCAUGAUCACGAAGAAGUGGGGCGGCUUCUCCCGGGAACUCUUCACGGAUGCAGACAUCUUUAGCGUAUCCUUUCCACUCGACCUGGACGUUCACUACAAGGCCGCUCUUCUGGCGUGCACCAUGCUAAUAGAUUACAUGUUCUUCGAGAGCUCGUUCGUCGGCCGAGGGGACAUACUCCCAGGAAUGCUGUAAUCCAAGCUGGUGCACUCGGGACGCGGGAUCGGGGCGCAGUGUGCAAUACAUGACAGUGAUCGUCCGAAGGCGUCCCCGUCUCCUUUCGCGCCUGUGAUUAGUUAGAAACGACCCUGCAUUAUAUCAUGGGCGCAAUUUGUGUAAAAUGUCCGCCGACGA